AUGGCUGCUACUAAAACUGCUAAAGCUUCUGCUCCUACUUCCACUGCUCCAAAGGUUACUUACAAGGACAUGAUCAAGUCUGCUAUCGUUACCUUAAAGGAAAGAAACGGUUCUUCUCGUCAAGCUAUCAAGAAAUACGUUCAAGCUAACAAUGAUCUCAAGGCUGCUAACUUUGACGCUUUAUUCAAUGCUGCUUUAAGAAGAGGUGUUGAAACUGGUGACUUUUUACAACCAAAAGGUCCUUCCGGUCCAGUUAAAUUAGCCAAGAAGGAAAAGCCAGCUGCUUCCAAGGUUACCAAGAAGGCUGCUGCUCCAAAGAAGGCUGCUACUGCUGAAAAAAAGAAGGUUGUUAAAAAGACCGCAACUGCUCCUGCUACUGAAAAGGCAAAGGUUACCAAGAAGGCUGCUACUGAAAAGCCUAAGGUUACCAAGAAGGCUGCUGCUCCAAAGAAGGCUGCUGCUGCUGCUCCAAAGAAAAAGGCUACUGCUACCAAGAAGACCACCAAGAAAGCUUCCAAGUAA